AUGGAUGGGGAGCGGUCACUCGUCAACUCAACCGGCAACAUAACCGAUGCUGCGCGCAUCGCCCGAGAAAGGAUCACACAAAUGAACAAGUACUUGAUUGGCGCGGUCGCCUUGUGUCUGCUCGCAGGCGCCUCCUUAAACCUGCCACAGUCGGCGGCACAGACCGAAAAGCCUAAACCGAACGAGUCGGCGGCGCAGGUAUGUUUCGCAAGGCUGAAGAAGCUUGCCGGAGAUUGGACGCAUCAGGAGGACAAGUCCGGCAAGGAGAGGGUCACGCUACGGUAUAAAGUGAUAUCCGGAGGCAGCGCCGUCGAAGAGGAGAUGCUGCCGGGCUCGCCGGAAGGAAUGACCUCCAUCUACCAUCUCGACAACGGCAACCUGGUUAUGACCCACUACUGUAGUCUAGGCAAUCAGCCCCAUUUGAGGGCCACGAAGGCCAGCACAGCGUCCAAAAUGGAGUUCGAGUGCGGCGGCGGCGGCGGCAACAUGAAAUCCGAAAAUGACCUGCACAUUCACCACCUCGUGUUCACAUUUCUAUCGGAAGACCAUUUCACACAAGAGUGGUCCGCCAAUAAGGAUGGCAAGCAGGUCGGCUCAGCCGAUAAGUUCGAGGCAUAUCGCAAGGCCCCGAAGUGA